UCUCUGGGGUGGCAUCAGGUGACUGGGCGCCGGUGACCCGGUCUGACCGAUCCACGACACUCCGGCUGAGCACGACACAAAAACAGCAUCACGAUGAGCUUCUCACCACCUGAAAUACUGUGGGAUGGACAGCAGCAGGCGCCCAGACGCCUCCCUAACAUGUGCAACGACUACAACCACAGGGGAGGAUGCAGCCGCUCCAACUGCCAUGAACUGCACUUAUGCACACUUUUCCUUCAAAACAGAUGCACCGCCGAGCGAUGCAACAAGGCUCACGCCCUGGGGACGCCCAGAAACACCCUGCUGCUGGAGAGUGAGGGGUGGAGAGGUCCGGGGGACCUGGCGUUGGCGCUGGACAUCCUCCGCCGAAUGGCUCGAGAACAGGCGGUCAGCAUCUGCUUCAAUUACAACAUGGCCAGCUGCUCUGUCCCCAACUGUGACCGGCUACACGUCUGCUACCGCCGCGUAGUGGAUACCUGUCCGCUGGACGAUUGUGACCUCAGUCACGACCUGCACGACAAGCACAACACCGCCCUUCUGGCCAGUGCCGGUCUGACCGAUACACCUGUGCCAGAGCUCCUCAGGCGACUGCAGGAGCAGGUGCGCCACCCACCUCCCCAGCCGGGGCUCUGCGGAACCUACGGCAAACAGGGCUGCCAGGGACACUGCCUGCAACUGCACUACUGCGAGGCGUUCCUCCACAGUCGCUGCAGGUUUGGAGACAGGUGCUCCAGGAGUCACAGCCUGAAGGAGCCGCACAACCAGCGGGUUCUGACAUUCUUUGGCUGGACAGAAGAGCAAGUGCUGGAAGAGCUGAGGAAGGAUAGAAGCGGGAGAUCAGCUUCUCGGCCACCCAGAGCUCGAACUCCUACGGGACAAGAAGACCAGGAAAGGUCCGACCGACAGGGCCUCUGCGAGGGACCGCAGCAGGACCCCAGUGCCGAAACCCGCAUCAAAAGGGUCGACACCGCUGGGAAGGAUGUAAGCCAUGUGAACGAUUUACUUGAAAAGUCGGGCAAACAACUUCAGAGACAUUACAAGGUGUGUGAGCAGACAGCCAGAGUUCGCCCGCAGGCAAAAGAAGACAACCUCUCGAGCCAGCAGAAGGAGGCGGAGAGACAGCAGUUGGAGGCGGAGAGACAGCAGUGGGGGCGAAAAGAGACGGAAUGGAAGGAAAAGGAGAGAGAAUGGAAGGAAAGGGAGAUGGAAUGGAAAAACAAGGAAGCGUCAUGGAAAAACAUGAAGGCAGACUGGCGCCAAAAGGAACACGAGUGUCUAGAAAAGGAAAUAAAGACAAUACGGCAGCGACAGCAGUGGCAGCAAAAGGAGACGGAAUGGGAGGAAAAGGAGACGGAAUGGAAAAACAAAGAAACCGAAUGGCAGAACAAAGAGGCAGAAUGGCGGCAGAAGGAAAACGAUUGGCUAGAAAAGGAAAGAAGGGAAAAAGAAACACGCGAGACAGAGGAACGAGCGCGGAAAGAACCCGAGGACAAACUAAGAGACGAAAGUGAACGUGAGAGGCAAAAAUAUGGACAGGAAAAGGGAGGUGACUUGAGAGCAACUAUAGAAAAAGAAUCGCGAGAAACAGAGUUAAUGCAGAGUUAUGCAAAACUUAUUAUCGAUCAUGAAUGCAGCAAGAAGACCAUGUAUACUCUUCAGCAAAUGAACGCUGAUUAUGAACGGCAGAUCGCCAGUAUGCAGACUCUGGUGAAAGAGCUGAAGGAUAAAGAUGAAGAGCGAGAGAUCAAAAUAAAAACAGAAGAGGAAGACAAGAAAAAGAACAUUGAAGAACUGACAAAACUCCGAGAACUUUUCCAGAGACAGAAAGGAUACGUGGAAUGCAGCGUCUGCCUUGGCACCUUCGUCGAGCCAGUAACCAUGGUGUGUGCCCACACAUUUUGUAAAACCUGCAUAGAAAACACGCCGAGACCCGCCGGAGAAACGCUUCAUGAUAUCCUGAACCCUCUAAAUCCAAAUAAAAAUCGCCAGUGUCCGCUCUGCCGUACGGUGACAAACGUUCGAGUCCCAACUCUGGCUCUCAAAAACAUCUCCAGCACUUUCUCUGGCGAUCAGCAGCGGGGAGCGAGGAGGAGCGAUCAGCAGCGAGGAGCCGCCAGCGGGACCAGCGGGACCCGCACCAGAAGGCGCCGGCGUCAUGAUCAUCAACCCGCUCAGGGGGUCACCAGUAGCAGCGAGGUUCAUAUGCGGCGGAACGGGGAGGGCACCGAUGAAACGUGCCCCCAGCAGUAGCUCACUGCGAGUAGCCGUGCGCAGAAGUUGGCUUUGGCCGGCUGCCAAAGCCAAGCCCUUAUAAAAUCGCGGUUGGUUGGUUGGUUUGGGUUAAGCACGACAUCCAGUGGACCAAGGUGCUAACCGGAACUCUCACGCUGCUCCAAGCGGUCAGGUAGCGGAAUAAAAUCGCGGGAUUGUGUCUGUGACCUGGGGCGGUUCGCGGCCGGCCGCUGGGUCGGGUGACUGGAACGGAACGCGGCUCUGACUGGCGGUUACUGCACCCCCUGUGAUUUUGGCUUUUUAACAUAAGCCCUAUGGGCGUUGCAUGGAAAGAAUGGGACCAAUAGUCGGCAGUGACCCCCCCCCCCCUUAAUUGAAGGUGUUCCGCCGCUACUGGCGAGGUUCGUCGGAGGGCCAGGUGAUCCAGGAAAGAAAUAAAAUGCACAUAAUACUCAAAAGCUGA